CAAACUUUUGAACAGUAGUAUUAUAUGUAAACAGUAGUAAAUACUUUAUGCUUGUUUCAGUCUUUUAGAUUAUCAUAGUUUUAUAACAGAUUUUGUGAAAUUGUGAUGAGUUAAAGAGUAAAGCGAUAUAAUCUAUAGCUACGUAAAAAAAAAAAAAAAAAAAAAUGCAUCUAAAAAGUUUCCAGUUUUAAUGUAAUCUUCAUUUAACAAAAAGAAAAUCAAAAAAGUGUGUGUAGCUGUAGAAACAGCCUUAUAUCUCUUUAUCUCUGGUUUAAUCUCCAUCGCUCUCUUUAUGCCACCCCCUCCCUCUUUCGGUUUCCCUCUCUCGUUCCCUCACCUCCCUCCUCUGUCUUUCUGUACAUCCCUCCCUCUCUCCCUGAUCUCCUCCCUCAUUCUGCCUCUCUUUCAUUCUUUCGCUCUCUCUUUCUUUAGCAGUGUGGUCUGGGCAUGCUGCCAGCUGGCAUGUGUCUUUUUUGAAUGAAUACCUGAUGAAGUUGGUGGUGCGCAGUGAGGUGAGGAGUGGGAGGAGCUGAGCGAGUGAGUGAGUGAGCGAGCAAGUGAGGGAGAGGGAGGGGAGAACUAGUGGCCUGGCGAGGCCUUGCAUAACGCACGUUUGAGUGCUGCAGGCAGGGCUCAGAGCUCAGCGCUGCCUGUGUUUGACACACGGGGCCCGGCGGGGCAGGGGGCAGUGCCUGACCACAGCCAUGACUUAGAGCAGGAAGGGCCAUUGUUCACGUCGGCCACACCGCUGUACCUCCGUAAGGUGUCAGGGUCGCUUUGUGUCUGUUAGGCUCCUGUGGGAACAAGGGAGAGACUGAGAGAGCGACUCAAAUGGCCUCUCUGAACACCAAGGUUCUUCUUGCAGUCCUGGAGACUCGCUCUCAGAGGGAAAUGAUUCCACAUGAAUUGCAUGGACCGCUCUCCCACAGCAGGUGUGACUUCCAUUGCUUAAGACUGAAAUCUGUGUCCAUCCAACCUUAGGCACAGGACAUAUCCCCUAUCACCACCACUCUCCUCUCUACCCCAUCCCCAUCCUCGCUCCGAGCCAAUCAGUGGGAGGGCACACUCUGUUAGCAAGACAAACUGAGACCAAGAGGGAGAGGAAAAGAACCCAAAAAGCCAGGGGGAAGAAACAUCCAGAAAGUGUGGUACAAGAAUCUCAGACACCAUGAAGUCAAACCAGGAGCGGAGCAAUGAAUGCCUGCCCCCCAAAAAGCGUGAAAUCCCAGCAAGCACUCUGCCCUCAGAGGAUAGGCCCAUGGUGAUGGCGCCUGCAAGUGAGAGCCAGCGUGGGGGGAACCUGGCCUGGCUUGCCAGUCUGGCAAGCGGGCAUGACAGAGGGCGGCUGCACAUCAGCACCUCCGCAGAAUCCGAUGGGCCUCAAUACAAACCGUUGUCGGCCACGGCUGAGAGCGCACCUUCCUCAUCCACUCACUCAACCAGAGCUCCACCUGCAGUGACCACAAUACCUGCAGUGUACACGUCACCCCACGGCACCAUCCAAUACACACCCCUGCCUCCCAAUCUACAUUUCAUCAGCUCUCCGUACUCUGCACCAUAUGCUGGCUACAUCUCCCCCCUAGUUUCCCAUUCGGCUGCCACCACUACCACACAACGUGAUGUUUAUGCCAGCACCUCCAUUUCUCCAGCAUCCAAAAUUGACCAGCACCACCAUUUGGGCCGUUCAGGCCUGGUCACAACUGACAACACCUCUUCAGCCCACUCCACCCAAUAUGUCCAAAUUGCUGGUUCUCCUCUAAGCGUAUCCCCUAGGACUGCACAAUCACCCCAUGCUCACUUGCCUCUACACCUACACCCUCACCACACGCUCCCCCUCAGUGGCCCCUCACAGGUCUUAGUUCAGUACGGAGAUGGACUUUUACCCAAGAGGGAGGAGACGAGGCCCAGGGAGGUGCUGAAUGGAGAGCUGGAAAAGAACAGACGCUUUGGUCCAUCUCCCGAGUCCAGUGCAGGGAAGCAGGGCAGCACUGCCAAAGGAGGUUCCUCCUCCCAUCAGCACCAGAUUCACCAGCAGCAGAGCCCACAUCACUAUGAGGCUCGGCAUGUGGUGCUACCUGCUGAAUAUGCGCAGGACAGUGCAGCCUUGCGGACCUCGUUGGUGCUGGUUCCAAACAGUCAUAGCUCCAGUGUUGCUGAUCCCGGAGGUACACCGGACAAGCUGCCUCCCCCAACAUCCCACACUGAAAAAGGCGGGAUUUGUGCAGGCAAACCUGUGUCCCGCAGUUCCUCCUCCUCUGCCUCCCUUCCAUUUCCUCCUCCCCCUCCACCUGUGGACAAUCUGAAGGGAGCAGUUACCACACUGUCUCCCCAUGCUGUUAUCCAGACCACGCAUAACACCACAGAGUCACUCUCCCUGGGCCUCCCCUCCACCAAUUUCUACCCCACCCAGCAGCCCAUCAUUGGUUACAUUGCCGGCACAGGGCACCAGCAACCUCUCAGCUACCACACCAGCCUACCCCAGCACCUGGUCAUCCCUGGAACUCAGCCGGUCAUCAUCCCAGUAAGUGGAACGGAAGCUACUGCUACAUCGACCACAACGCCCUUGUCUGCGGCACUGCCCCAUGCCUUUGUCACCUCAACGGCCCCCAAAAUGGAGAAUUUUGAACCUCCGGCCCCAUACCCCCACCCUGCCGCAGCUGUGGUUCAAGCCCAGUUGCAUCUGCCCGUGGUUCCGGCCCCUGCCAGCCUGCUGACGACUCCACCACCACCCUCAGCCCCUUCACUGCCCCCUUACUUCACAAAGGGCUCCAUCAUCCAGUUGGCAGAUGGGGAACUGAAACGGGUGGAGGACCUGAAGACGGAGGAUUUCAUUCAGAGUGCUGAGAUCAGCAAUGAGCUGAAGAUUGACUCCAGCACUGUAGAGCGCAUCGACAGCAGUCAUACACCUAACUUCGCAAUUAUACAGUUUGCUGUAGGAGAGCAUCGCUCACAGGUCAGCGUGGAGGUUCUAGUAGAGUAUCCUUUCUUUGUGUUCGGCCAGGGCUGGUCAUCCUGUUGUCCGGAACGGACUAGCCAGCUGCUCGAGUUGCCAUGCACCAAGCUUUCAGUGGGUGACGUCUGCAUCUCCCUCACUCUGAAAAACCUGAGGAACGGCUCUAUUAAGAAGAGCCAGGGGCAAGUCUUGGAUGCGCCGACCCUCGGUCCACCCCUUAAAUCACCCAAAACACUCUCAAGCGGCACGCGUGGAGGUGUUCGGCACACAGAACAGGAAAAUGGACUUGGGCAGUGUGUAGAUCAGGGAGGUGGAGGCGGUCAAGGCAAUAGAGAGAAUGGAGAACUGAGGUUUGGCGAAAGAGACAUCUGCAAAGCACCACCGCUCACUGAAUCAGAGUCCAGCGGUAAACCCACAGGCCGUAAAAGGAGGUGGUCGGCCCCUGAGGGCCGCAAAGUAGAAAAUCCUGAAGGAGAGCCCCCUUUAACGUUCCCCAAGCCUUCCUUCAUUCCUCAGGAGGUUAAAAUCAGUAUCGAAGGCAGAUCAAAUAUUGGCAAGUGAAUGCGCAUUGGACUGUCAGAUUUUAAAAGCAAAAUUUGCCCUCAGAAUGUUUUUUUUUUUUUUUUUUUUUUUUUUUUUUUUUGAGUUCUGAUUUGAUUUUCUAUCCAGAUUACUUUACUUAAAGGCUAAAUUAACUCAGUAUGUACAUAAUCACUUCUAACAUUGUAAUAGAUGCAUUCAAUAUUACACCGACAAUUGGUGCAAUUAAUUUGAUUGGUAAAUUCAGGGCAGAUGUAGUACAAGGUGAGAAGGUUAUGAGACACCUGAGCACUGCAUGGUAUCCUGAAGGCUUUAGUAUAUACAAUCAGUCACAGCUAACAAAGCUAAGCCUCUCUAGUCUCUUACCUAUGAUAUCCUCUAUUUUUUUUUUUUUUUUGGCCCACACAAACUUGGUUCAACUACACCUAGUGGCAAUUAAAACAUUCGCCUGCUGAGUGAACCUAAAAAUGUUAGCAAGGGAAGAUGAACAACUGGUGUGAAUAACAUUGCUAAUGGUGGCAGAACGGAAAUCACUCCUCCACUGGUUGCAGGAGUUUACAUGAUGUCAGCCAUCUUGUUUAACUGUGACUAAAAGAGACUAUCCAAAUCAAUCCUAACAAUAUAGAGCAGCAUCGUCAGCGCAGUUAGACUAGCAUAGAUUAUAUUAACAUUUAUUGAAAUGCAAGAAGAAGUUUCCAAAUACUAUGGUACAGGCCAAGAGAGAUGAUGUCAUUGAGCGGGGACAGUUGCUCCAUAGAAAGACGAAACUAUCAUUUUAAACAGGGAAGAUGGACAAGUCUAUUUUUAUAUAUCCAACUGUCUAACCUUUUAUUUAACUAUUUUUGUAGUUUUGCAUGUUUUAAUUUUCUGUCUCACUUUUCAAACCCUCCUAUCAUACCUGAUGGGUAGAUUUUUUUUUUUUUUUUUUUUUGUGAUGAAUGUGUAAACCUUGCAAUCAGGGGUUAUUUUUUUUACUUAGACACAGGAUGGGUUCUUGUCUAUAUAUAUAUAUAUAUAUAUAUAUAUAUAUAUAUAUAUAUAUAUAUAUAUAUAUAUAUAGAUGCAUGUAUGUAUCUUGAUGCAUACAAACACAAUGGAGAGUAGUCCCUUGUUUUUCGUGCAGUCUCGCCUGUUUUUUUGUUCAAACAAACGAAAGUUGAUUAUUUCGAAAGAAAGAGAGCGAAAGUUGUCUGAGGAGGAUAAGAUGAGUGUCCUGAAGCACUUAGUUAACACACCUGUCAUGCUCACUAGCUGAUAGUCAACUGAGUCAAAUGAUGAUUAUUAUUAUAUUAAUUAUUACUAUUAUUAUUAUUAUUAUUAUUAUUAUUGCUACUUCUAUUUUCUGUUGAUCUAUAAACAUGAACACAGUGCUGUGUGCUGUAUCGUGAAUUGGAUGUUGUGUGGCACUCUGUGGGAAGGUGAUAGCUCACAAGGGUCGCUAUGAAAGGAUGAAUGUAACAGUUGAUGAAAGAGCAAACAAUGAGAUUUUGUCCCCAAGAGGACUGCUUUAAAGGAAGCACUUUUUUUUCAUUGCGUUUGAUUGGCUUAGCCAUCUCAAGUGAUCUGACAGCUUGAGUAAAGACGGGCGCAAGAGGCCGUGGCCCGUUAAACAACUGCCAUUUAAGUCAUUUAAAGCAAAAAGAGUCAUAUGAAAGUGUGAAUGCAGAUGGAAAUGAAUACAGAGACUGUUUAUAUAUUUACAAGAGAUGUGAGAGAUGAAAGUGAGAAACUCUGGCUACAGACAUUUUUGGAGGAUCGAAGGGUGUCAUAUACCUGUUUGUUAGCAAUUUAUGUGGUCGUGCACGCAUGUGAGUUCGUGUGCAUCUGCGCACGGGCUUAUACGCGCAUAAAUACGUACACGGUUAUGGUAAUUUUCAAUCAUGUUGAAAUAUGUCAUGUAUUUUUUUGUACAUUAACAUGUAUAGAACUGCAUAUGCUAUAUCUAUCUUACUGUAUGAGAGCGCAAGACUACAUGAGCACGUUUUUAGUCCCGUCCCCCAAGACACUGACUCAUCGAACGUAUGUGAAAACAGUCAUGUAGUAAUUUCAGUGAUCUGUAGAAUAUUUGUGUGAGUGUUGCGUGAGUGUUUGUGUGUGCGUGCGUGUGUGUGUGUGUGUGUGUGUGUGUACAUACCACACAUAUUAUAAAUAGAUAUUUAAGUUCUACUUAAGAGAAUAUUGCAAUUUGCACAUCUGGAGAGAUAGUAACAUGAUUUAUUUUGUUUUCUGCCAGCACAGGACAGGGCCGAAAACUCAAUUUUUACUGAAAUGUAGCAGUUUCUUGACAUGUUUGCUUGGUUCGCAGGUCUGUUGGGUUCAUUUUCAUUAGGAAAACAAGAAAGAACCUUUUCAGGGGGGUUCGAAUCACACACAUACACAUGAAGCAGGAUUGUAUACGGUGCUGUGUCGAGGCUUUCGCUUCGUAGGGGUGGAUGAAGUCAUAGCCUGUAGCCUGCAUACUUGUCGAGUCAUUCGAGCGGCCACACUCAAGUUAGCUUGGUGAAGGUAGGUGAAGAUCUGGCAGGAAGAUGGGUAGUAGUAGAAAAUAAAAGAUGCAUGGAUGGAUGGAUGGAUGGAUGGAUUUAAUGAGUGGUGGAGGGUGGGUGAGUGCACCCCAUAUACAAUUUGAAAAUGCUUUAUUUUUUUAUAAUAAAACAGGGUUUCUCAGAUCAACACCACAAUCGUGCAUUUUUUCUUUUUUUCCAUUUGACAUGGCGUCUUUGUCCCCUUGUAAUGUGCGUGUUUUAGUUUUACUUAGAUUGUAUGUGUGGAUGUAUCUGCUUCAACCAAUCAAACUUGAUAUUUUCAUUGUGUUUAUUUUUUGGGCCAAAAGGUAGAAACAAGAUGUGAUAUUGUUUGUCCAAUGAACCACCCCAAGAACAUGACUGUCAAUGGCGAAUCGGUCUUGCAUUCGUUUUGUUUUUCUUAUCUUUCACUGUUGUCCUUCUCUUGAUCAGUGUUUCAUUGCUUCGAUCAUUUUACAGUCUGCCUCCUUCUGGUUGCACAGUGCGGUUCCACGUACACGAGAAGCAUUCCGAACAACGGCACGUAGCAAUAACCCUUAGUCUCUAGUGCUGAACCAAAAAAACAAACAAACAGAGAACCGGACAUCAAUGCCAGAUCUUCUGUUCGACCUCAGCAAGCUGUUUUUUAUCCUCUUUAGGUUGAUUUGCGGUUUGCACAUCCAGCCCUCAGUAACUUCAGGGAGAAAUGUAAAUUAAUAUGCAGUGACAGAGUCUGUCCCCUCUUAGCCGUCUUAACCCAUAAUCAAUAGUGACCUCCAGAUGCUCUUCAGGUGCCCAUACAGAACCAGUACGCCUCUCUCAGAGUAUGUUUACCCAACCGCAACCGUUAGCUACCUUCUGUUGCCUGGCAUGUACGUGCGACCUCUUUCUCACCCGGCACACGCUUUUCUCUUUUAUCUGUCUUUCUCUCUCUCAAUCAUAGCCAUAGAACCCUGACAGUAUUUGUGAUGGAGUUUCAUAUUGCCUAGCCUGUCGAAAUUAGUUUUUUUUUGUGGGGUCAAAUAUGACAGUAAUUCACUUGUAACGGUAAUACUCACCUAGCAUACAAGUCAAUGUGAAUUGACAUUUCAACCCAUUUUGCUUCCAUAAUGUGACGUAUUCCAGAGUUAAACAGAAUAUUCAAUCAAGAAAAGUGGGCUUUUCAUAUCAGAAUGAAUACGAGUUUGCUAAAACAAUACCUAAAUAGCUAGUUGGUUAAGAUUAUCCAAAAGCCUAUGUAACGGACGUAGGCCGCUAAGAGCUGUGCGUGUAAACCUCACUCCCCUGAUCUCAAGAGGUGCUCUAGCAAAUGACGCUAGAGACUGUGGUCUUUAGCCUCCUUGUUAGAGCGCCCGACUCUCUAACAACCUGCGGACCAGGGUUCGAGUCCUUAGAGCGGGUGGUUCGAACAGGAGGGGUUACAUUGGUGCCGUGACCCGGACGGGAGUGAGGUUUAGGGGGAUGAGUGUAACGGAUGUAGGCCGGUAAGAGCUGUGCGUGUAAACCUCUCUCCCCUGAUCUCAAGAGGCGCUCUAGCAAAUGACGCUAAAGACGGCGGUCUUUAGCCUCCUUGUUAGAGCGCCCGAUUCCCAUGCCUUAGUCCUUAGAGCGGGUGGUUCGAACAGGAGGGGUUACACCUGCCUGGCCUUAGUGAUAUCAUUGGAAAAGUUAAGUUGUUUUACGUUUUUUCCUAUUUUUCUUUUCUUUGAAGUACCUUGCACCGAUGAUUCGCUCACAAUAAGACCUGGAAUGAGCAUUGAGGAAGUAAAUAGGUUUGAUUUUGAUUCAUGUUGACUUUAAGUGUCACUUGUUAUCGACCAGGAGACGAGCAAGCGUGUAUGUUCAGUUUCAGGUAUGUUAUUUGUUUGCAUUUGGAAUUGUUACUUGAAGACGUUUUGACCUUAAUUUGAUGUCACUGUUUGUUUAUCUGAUAUUGAGGAACAAGUCCAACUGCAAACGAAUUAAAUACGCUUGACGUGCGAUGACCUGAAUGAAUGAAACAUCACAGAUGUUCUGUGCCAUCGCUUUUGAUGGUCAUCACAAACAAAGAGAAUAAAAGAUGCACAUGGUACAGCUGGCGGUUUAUUGUGCUGAUAACGAUAGUCUCUUAUGACCUCCAGUGCUGAGAUACAAGAGAAAUAAGAGAACAUUAAAAGUGUUGGCUGCUGUUUUUUUAGAGUCAAUGUCACAUGAAACUCAAACCCCACUGGUGAUGUUCUAAACUCUUCUUCUGUUUAAGCUUGACAUGUUUCCCGCCUAACAGUUUGUGCCAUCUGCAUGUAGCACUGUUUCUGUGGUUUCCAUUCAUAUACCUUCUCCCACAAAUUGUAUUCUUUGUAGCCUGUGGGUUUUAUGAUUUUAUUUCGCUGUUUGUGAGUAAACAUGGCAAAUAUUAUGCUUCACUUUGUUGAAAUGUUGCACAUUUCUGCACCCCCCUACCCUCAGUGUGUUUCAUUUUCUUUGGCAGAGGGGAGAGUUAGCUGUUUCUGACAUUAUGACAACAUCAUUUGCUUUUCUGAUAAAGGUCAAAAUCUUUCCUUGGGCUUACUCAGGGAUGAGAAAUAGGUGUGAAUGUGUGUGUCGAGGAGGUUGUGUGACCUUUGAAAGGUUUGUGUACAUGUAAAAAGGUAUAUAUAUAUAUACAUAUAUUCUUGUGUGUGUUAAACUGCUGUAACCAGAAGCAGUCAUUUCAUUGGCCCUGUGCUUUGGUUUCCCACAAUGUCUCUACACCAUAUGAGGCCUUCCUAACACACUCUGUCCGUCUCCGUGUAAGCGUCUGUAUCAGUCUGUUUGUCCGCAUCACAAGCUGUCUGUCCGUCUGCCUGUUGUCCCUCUGACGUCACAAGCCCAGAUCCUCACACAUGCAAGAUACUGAAAAAAAAAAAGACUGAGAAAUGAUUCAUCGACCUCAUCAAAGUGGGGACCACUUUUAUAGAAACAAACGAAAACGAAAUGCACAUUUUUUUGUCAUUUAUAAAAUAGAUAGACUUGAUAAUACUGUUUCAGCACUUUCUAAUCCCGAGGAAAAUAGGGUGAGAGUAUGGUGUCAUCGCAGUUUCUCCCCUCCAAUACGAAUUCCCUCCGUCUCGGCCCGUUCCUGGGUCCAACGGGUUGAGACGACGAGGACAGAGAGUUGAAAUAAAGUUUGAACGGUCCUCUGCGAACCUGAGAUGACUUUACUUUUUGUUGUACUGAUGUGUGCUCGAACACCGUCGUUCUGUUUUGUUUUAUUUUUAUGUUGGUUCUAUAUUUGACCUUGCUUCAUGUACUUUGGACUUUGUACUUUUGCUUCGGUCUCCUCUGUAGCACUCUUUUAUCAUGGUAGGAGACGAGAGAAAGUGUUUUAAUGAAUGUUUUUAAGAGAGGCUCUGUGACAGCUCUCUCUCUCUCUCUCUCUCUCUCUCUCUCUCUCUCAUAAGAGGAGCACCGCUGACAAUUUCCUUGUUUUUACUUUCAUUUUUCUGGCACAAAUGACAUAAAAAAAAAAAAAAAAGACGAAUGUUGGAUUGCGAGUUUCAGCAGUUUGAAAAAUAAAUCAAAAGUUUUUCUUUUCUUUUAUUGUGGCUCUCAUUGAAGAAAAAAAAAACAAAACUUUAUUUUGAGUUUGCUUUUCUUUGAAAUUAGUUGUAAAAUCAGUCAGGAUUUCUCUGUUCAACUUGACUGUUGUUUGACAUCUUGUCAAUUGUCCAAACAGCUGGAUUAAUAACCUCAGGCUGAGAAUCUUCUACAGGCCCACAUUACGGUUUUGUUUCACCCUAACUUGAUGUAUGGGCUGCUUGAUAUGGGUAUUGUAACUAGUCUUAUUGUUAAUGCUAUAAUUGAUAUAUGAUCAUUCAGCUAUAUCAGUGCUGGAUAGUGAAAGCAGCGCACCGGCCCUCGUCUCUCACGUGGUUUUGGUGAGCCGGUAAACUGACAAACGCUUCCUCAGAGAGAGGUACAUCCUGUGUUCUGUCACCCUCAUCUGGCCAGGCCUGUCCAGAGCACAGGAAUGAGACUCGCACAACCCUUGAAUCCUGAGGAGUAUUUGUCACUGUUGGGUCGAACUGGACGCUCGACCACGGUUAACCGCUGAGAACUAAACGCCAGGGACGUAUUGACCAUCACAGGCCGGAACCGACUCGUGUACAGAUGCUGUUUUCACAUACCCGACGUCACCUUCACACAUAGCAAUCGACAGCCUCGUAACGUGUGUAUUUAUCCUUCAGAAUUUGUACAACUACACUCUCAAGAUAACAUAUCUUCAAGAAAAAAAGGUCAUUUUGUAAUUCUGGAUUUCUUGCCAAUGAAUGCUUAAUAAGAUGUCUUCUGUAAAAUUGUACUCUGUAAAAUCUUUUUAGGCCUAAUUUUAACAUUUCCAGGUAUGUUUUGUGUAGAUUCUGAAUGAAUGGUGAAGGUAGUUUCGCCCCAUGAUUUUAAAGCUGAGGCCAGAUAGACUAUUAGCCGGAUGUGAAAUAACACUAUGUCCACCUUGUAAGGUGAACGGCGUCCGGUUAUCAUCAAAUGUGCACGCAUGUCCAGCCACCUCUAUUUUUUUUUUUUUUUUUUUUUUUUUUCCCUGUUUGUUUUCCCUUUUGAGGUUGAAAUGUUAAAGAUGUGUUUUGUGAUACACAGGAAGCCAUUGGUCAUUCCUCAGGAAGGAGUGGGUUCAGAUAUAGCAGUAAUACCCCAGGCUUGCUGGACUAGAGGUGUUGCAGGUCUUGUCAUAAAGAGAUUUGAAGUCUUCCAUUGGAAGGGAAAUGGAAGCUGUUUCUAGUUUCUUUUUUCACUUGCCAUUGGGCAGAAAGAUCCACGAUCAUAAAACCUCCUGAUUGGACCUUUACCUGCUGUUCAAAAAACAUUGACUCAGUGGAGGUAGGUUGCCAUAUUGUCAGUGUUUUGUUUUCUCCAUAGUUUCAGUGCUGUGGAUUUACUGGACCUAUAUAGUAUGUUAGACAUCAUGUAGAAAUGUUGAGCCAGACUGUUAAAGAAAAAAAUGAAUGUCACAUCCAAUCCUGAGGUUCUAUUUUCUUGGAAUUGUAUUUGAGGAUUCUGGCCAGUAGCAAGCGAUGGCUGUUGGAAAAGGAAGUUGUGUUUUGCACCUUACUUAGUAAAGGAAAAUAGAUAUUAAAUAAAAAAAUAAAUAAAUAAAUAAAUAAAUAAAGCAUAGGACAUAAUUGUGAAAGGCAAUUUAUUUGUUCUUUUGGUUCAUUUUAUUUCCAUAUGCGUGCAUACUCUGUAAGUUGUGUAAAAUAUUGUACUUGCACUAGCUUUUUUAAGAAAGAAAACUAAUAUAAAAAAAAUUGAAUUGAAAUUCUAUUUUCUAAUUGUGGUGUGUCUAUUUGUAGGAUACACUCACGUUGUUUCUUGGAUUUUUUGGUCCCUUUCUUUGAUGGUGCUUGCCGGUUUUCUAGUUAGAACUUAUUUCAUUAUUCUGAACAACAAAACAAUAUUUGAUUCAGGUUGUGAACAAAUUUGUUUAAAAAAGAAAUUGUCUGUAUACCAGUACAAGUUUAUUGUUGCAGUAUACACGUACUAAUAAAAAUUACAGUGCCAAUUGCAAACUGCA